AUGUCCGUCAUCCAGAACGUGGCCAUCAUUGGUGGCACCGGUACUUUGGGGAAACCUGUCCUCGACGCACUCAAGAAGUCCGAGUUCAAUGUCUGGGUCAUCAACCGCCAGUCCUCGAACUCAGUGUAUCCCAAGACACAAGUCAUCACCGUACCAGACGACUUGAACGUAUAUGCUAUCGCGCAAGAAUUUAAAGAAAAGGAAAUCGAUGCCCUCGUCAUUGCCAUUGCUGGAAGCCAGGUGGAGCAGCAAAGAAAGCUCAUCGACGCCGCCUUCAAAGGAGGUGUGAAGCGAGUGAUGCCAGCCGAUUUUGGUAGCUGUGACUCUGCUGAUGAGAAGACAAAUGAGAUCUUGCCGCUGAUGAAAGGCAAGAAGGGAAUCCGUGACUAUCUGGUUGAGCUGGAAAAACAAGAGCGGGAUGGUAACAGAGGAAAGCUGACUUGGACGAGUCUGAUUAACGCGCACUUUUUCGACUGGGGUCUUGGUAAUGGGUUGUUGAAGUUCGACGUUAGAGGACGCAAGGCGUACCUACUUGAUGGCGGCAACAUCAAGUUCUCUGCAUCGACGCUUCCCUUCAUCGGCACUGCCGUGGUCAAGAUUCUGGAAAAGCCGAAGGAGACGGAGAACAAGCUGCUGUAUAUUCACAGCUUGUACGUCACACAAUUAGAGGUGCUUGCUGCGCUGGAGAAAGCGACAGGGGACAAGUUCGAAAGGAUCGACGAAGACAGUGAGGAGGGGCUGAAAAAGGUCAGGCCCAAGAUGCUGGAGGGAGAUCACGAUGCCCGCGAGGAGGUUGUUGCGAUUUGGGGUGUAGUUGCGGCGGAUUGGAAAAAAAGAGAAGCUUUUGCGAACGAUUUGUUGGGACUGGAAGAGGAAAGCCUGGACGAAGUCGUUCAGCAAGUGGUGAAGGGUUUGUAG